AAGAAAAAAACAAGGAGUUCAGGAAGGCAACACGGCAAGUCACAGGAGGACAUCUGUCAUCACAGAUAUUUUUUAGCUAACCAUCACAAACUUCGCGAUGGAUUCACAGCCCCCACUCAAACCGUGGGAAAGGCGAAUUCCUGGGGGUAUGAGCGCACCUAUAAACUACAGAUCGACAGACUUUGGACCAAUUGCAGGCUCCUCCAUUCCUGCUGGCCCUCCAGUUCUGACCAGAAUGGCUCCUCCAGUGCCUGCUCGCCCGCUCCAGCAGUCAUACCGCCCAUCCUAUUCCUCUUUCACCUCCUCUUACAGCCCCUAUGGAAGCUCCAUCUAUGGGGGUUACAGCCCUUACAGCUAUGGCGGCGGUUAUGGCGGUGGCUUCGGUGGCAGCUAUGGUCCGGGAGGGUACAGUCGUUUACCCCACACAGAAGAAAUCGCCCCCAGCCGGUUUGUGCAGCAGGCAGAGGAGAGCAGCCGUGGAGCCUUCCAGUCCAUUGAAAGCAUCGUCCAGGCUUUUGCUUCGGUUAGCAUGAUGCUGGACGCCACCUUCUCCGCCGUGUACAACAGUUUUCGUGCCGUGCUGGACGUAGCCAAUCACCUAACAAGGCUGCGUGCUCACCUCACUAGAGUUUUGUCAGCCUUCGCUCUGGUGCGCACGCUGCGGUAUCUCUACCAGCGUUUGCUGCGGCUGCUGGGGAGGAGGUCAGAUGUGGAGGACUUGUGGGCUGACAGCACAAGUGAUGCUGUGGUGGCGGGUUCCUCCAGGGGAUAUGAGGCAGGAAUGGAUGAACAGAGCGUGAAGUCCUGGCCUAUUUUCCUCUUUUUUGCUGUGGUUCUGGGUGGACCUUACCUCAUCUGGAAGUUGUUGAGCUCCAGCCCCAGCUCUGAUGAAAAUAGUACAAACUGGGCCAGCGGGGAAGACGAUCAUGUCGUGGCUCGGGCUGAGUAUGAUUUCUCAGCAGCUUCUGAAGAAGAAAUUCCUUUGCGGGCUGGAGACAUGCUAAACCUGGCCCCUAAAGAGCAGCAACCGCGGGUGCGAGGCUGGUUGCUGGCCAGUGUGGAUGGCCAGACAAUUGGACUGGUCCCAGCUAACUAUGUGAAAGUCCUUGGCAAGAGGAGAGGCCGCAAGCACGCGGAGAUGGAACGGCUCGCUGAGGUCCAGGAGGAGAACCAGCGGGCCUCUCAAACACCAGCAGCUGCGCAUGGUUCCACUUCAGAUCUCUCCACAGCCUCCAUGGCUCCCUCGACAGACCACCUACUAGAAUCAGUAUACAGAGAAAUCCCAGCUGCCUUCGCUCUGGGAACAUCCAACUCCAGCAUGAGCUCUGACACAGUGUUGAAUAUCCCUGAAAAGACGGACCUGUGACGACUGUGUGUGCAUGUGUUGCAUUUACAUCGUCUGUCAGUCAGUUCAAGUUUAUCAUUUCACUAAUCAAUUCUUCUGUAGGUCUUUGAUUUCAUUCAUCAGCACAGUUUUCCUCUUAAAGUAAAAUGGCUCAGAAUCGUUUUUGUGUGAGAUGAUGUGUACUACAUCGUCUUUGUGUUCUGUGAAGUCCAAUUAUGGGAUGCAUUGAUGUAUGUUAAUGGGAAAUGUAAAAGGGUUGUUGAUGUCAUGAUAUACAUGUGAGGUUUCACCCUCAGGUGAAGCCGGGUGGACAUCUGUAGGUUGUUGUUUUUUUUUGGAUCAAGUGAAAUUUGAUUCACUCAGAAAUAAGAAAGACUAGCUUUGCACAUUUUAAAGUUUGUUAGUCCAAUGUAAUUUUGUAAAUACUUAAAAUAAUUAUUUUGAAAAUAAAUCUAAUGGAUUAUUUUUUGCAGUAUUAAUCUGCAACCAAAAAAAA